CAGGAGGUACUUUCCGUAUGUUGGAAUCAGUGCAAAUAGUGGAUCUACUUAAAAAGAAGAAUGAGGUUGUUGUUUGUGCUCCUGCUUCUAAGCAUGUCUGUGGGGGUGAGAGGUGUUGCAUCUGUGGCAGAUGAACCAAGACCAAAGAAAACAGAAAAGACCAAAGUUUCUGCAGAGGCGUCUGCAGCUUUUUCCGGUAAACUGCUGGUGGUGCCCAUGGAUGGGAGCCACUGGGUGGGCAUCAAAGCCAUGGCACAGGAACUGGGUCGUAGAGGACACAGAGUUACCGUGGUGAUCCCAGAGGUCAGCAUGCGUAUGGGCCCGGGGAAACACUACGACACUCUGACUCAUCCGGUUCCCUACGGCCAGUCUGAAGUUGACGCCAUUUUGUCCACGCAAAAGGACUUUCUAGAAACUGCUCAGCCUUUCAUGGAGAGAAUAGAGACCAAAUAUCACAACUUCGUUAGAAUGGUAAAUUUCAUUCAUGUCACUGCAGAGAGCCUCCUGUUCAACGACACCCUCAUCUCUUAUCUGGCUAAGCAGGACUUUGAUGCUGUUCUGACAGAUCCCAUGCUCCCGACAGGCUCAAUAUUAGCUCGGAAAUUAGGUCUCCCCACCAUUAAUCUGCUGAGAGGGAUCCCUUGCGCCUUAGACAUGAAAGCUGCAGGCUGCCCUUCUCCUCCAUCGUUCGUACCUCGGCCUUUUACCGGCCUCUCAGACAGAAUGAACUUCAAGGAGAGACUUAUCAACACUCUGGUGGCUUUAUUAGAACCUCUGUUCUGUCGACUGCUGUUCUGGCGCUUCAACAACAUAGCUCAUAAGUUCUUGAAUGAAGAGGUGAGCGUGGCAGAAAUUCUGUCAGAAUCAGACAUCUGGCUCCUCAGGAUAGAUUUUACCCUGGAGUUCCCUCGGCCUCUCAUGCCUAACAUGAUACUGGUUGGUGGAAUCAACUGUUAUCUGAGAAAACCCCUCCCACAAGAUCUGGAGCAGUGGGUGUCUGGAGAGCACGGCUUUAUUGUCUUCACUCUGGGCUCCGUGUUUUCAGAGACGCCAGAAGAGAUUACGUCAGUCUUUGUGGAGGCUUUCAGACAGAUCCCACAGACGGUUAUAUGGAGAUACACUGGGAAGGUUCCUGACAACCUUCCAAACAAUGUGAAGAUGAUGAAAUGGGUUCCUCAGAAUGACCUGCUUGCACAUUCUGGAGUUCGAGCUUUCAUCACUCACACUGGCUCUCAUGGUACCUUUGAGGGUUUGUGUCACGCUGUCCCCAUGUUGAUGUUUCCAAUUCUGGGCGACCAGACUGAAAACGCAGUAAGGAUGGCCAAAAAAGGAGCAGGAAUUAUGCUGGACAUCAGCACUGUGACCACUGAAGGCCUCCUUCAGGGGCUGAACGAGCUCAUCAACAAUACCAGGUACAAGGAGAACAUCCAGAGGCUGUCGGCUCUUCAUAAAGAUCGUCCAGUUGACCCACUUGAACUUUCAGUUUUCUGGACUGAGUUUGUUAUGAGACACAAAGGAGCAAAGCACCUCAAAGCUGCUGUGCACGACCUCAACUGGAUCCAGUACUACUGCCUGGAUGUGGCAGCACUACUAGCUGCCAUUGUGCUGCUUUUUGUAAUCCUGACAGUCAAAUGUAUGAAGCUGUGCUUACAGAAGCUGGGUAAGAAGAAAAAACAGGACUAGCACUUUUUAUGUCUCUUGAGGAAUAUUUUUAAACUGAUUCUUGUGAGCAAAGGUUGAUUGUGGAAAUGUGUACAAUAAAAACACUAAAGGAAAUGAAGUAAAUCUA